AUGAGGUGUAUCACUAAUACUAGUGUGACCUGCGUCACUAAUACUAGUGUGACCUGCGUCACUAAUACUAGUGUGACUUACGUCACUAAUACUAGGGUGACCUGCGUCACUAAUACUAGUGUGACCUGCGUCACUAAUACUAGUGUGACCUGCGUCACUAAUACUAGUGUGACCUGCGUCACUAAUACUAGUGUGACCUGCGUCACUAAUACUAGUGUGACCUGCGUCACUAAUACUAGUGUGACCUGCGUCACUAAUACUAGUGUGACUUGCGUCACUAAUACUAGUGUGACCUGCGUCACUAAUACUAGUGUGACCUGCGUACCUAAUACUAGUGUGACUUGCGUCACUAAUACUAGUGUGACCUGCGUCACUAAUACUAGUGUGACCUGCGUCACUAAUACUAGUGUGACCUGCGUCACUAAUACUAGUGUGACUUGCGUCACUAAUACUAGUGUGACCUGCGUCACUAAUACUAGUGUGACCUGCGUCACUAAUACUAGUGUGACCUGCGUCACUAAUACUAGUGUGACCUGCGUCACUAAUACUAGUGUGACUUGCGUCACUAAUACUAGUGUGACCUGCGUCACUAAUACUAGUGUGACCUGCGUCACUAAUACUAGUGUGACCUGCGGCACUAAUACUAGUGUGAUCUGCGUCACUAAUACUAGUGUGACCUGCGUCACUAAUACUAGUGUGACCUGCGUCACUAAUACUAGUGUGACUUGCGUCACUAAUACUAGUGUGACCUGCGUCACUAAUACUAGGGUGACCUGCGUCACUAAUACUAGAGUGACCUGCGUCACUAAUACUAGUGUGACCUGCGUCACUAAUACUAGGGUGACCUGCGUCACUAAUACUAGUGUGACCUGCGUCACUAAUACUAGUGUGACCUGCGGCACUAAUACUAGUGUGACCUGCGUCACUAAUACUAGUGUGACCUGCGUCACUAACACUAGAGUGACCUGCGUCACUAAUACUAGAGUGACCUACAUCACUAAUACAAUUAACGAAUGA